UCUAAUCAGAAUAAUUAUUCCUCUACACAAUGGCGACGAUGAAUAAUUCUCCGACAACGAUGAUGAACGAAGACGUGAUGCUAGAGAUCAUGUCUUAUUGUCCUGCAACGGAGAUGGCAAAGUUUCGUCUACUGAACAAAGAGUGCAACAAACGAAGUUACGAGUUGAGUUUUAUUAAUCGUAAUCUCCAUAGAACCAACUCUUUCUUCGGUUACAUAUUUCUUUACCGAGAGGUCCGGAACAAAAAGUUUGCGCCCUAUUAUUGGUAUCACUCCAGUUUUGUCUCUGUUUUCGAUAGUAAAGAAAAAAACCGAAUCAGUCUGGAUAUUCGUCCUCCCUGUCGCAAUAAUGCAGAGAUCAAAGCUUGUGAUACACAUCAUGGCAUUUUGCUCUGUGUCAAAGAUGAUAAUUUGUGGGGAAGAAUACCACAUUACAUCGUCUGUAAACCGGCUACAAAACAGUACCGGUUAAUACCAAAUCCGGAGACUCGGUUUCACACUGUCGCAACCGGUUUAAUGGUGGUAUCCUCUAACCCGUUUCGGUGUAAGAUCAUUAGAUUUUCUUAUAUAAAUGCCUAUAAUCUCUCUUGUGAAGUUUACGAUUCCGAUUCGGACGCGUGGAAGAGACUGAGUAACUUGGAAUCUUCCGAGUUUUAUCAUAGAGGAGUGCAACCGGUAUCGGCCUACGGUUGCUUGCAUUGGUUAACGGAGAAGAACAAUGUGAUGCGGUUCUGCAUGCGAACGGAAACUUGGUCUACCUUCCCAGUUCCGGACGAACUAGUAGACGAUAACUGUCUCCUCUUGGUCAGUUACGAAGGGAAACUAGGUGUGAUCCAUUCGAGAUGGGGAGAAGGAUCCAAUAUAUGGGUUUUGGAGAAGAGUUUUGGAACAUCGUGGGUAAGAUUUGAAGAUGUGAAAAUCAAAGCGUUAGAGGAUGAUAUCUCCAAUGAAGAACCUAUAUGGCUCCCAAGUAAUGACACCAUAUCAAGGGCGGCCAGUGGUAAGCUCGGUCUCUACAACAUGAGUAACGACAACUAUCGUUAUUUGUAUACGAUACCAGAUUUCUACUAUUACCUCCCUUUCUACUCAAACUUCGAGAGAGUUUGUUUGCAUAAAGAUGACGUUGAAUAAAAAAAGGAGUAUAAGUAUUUGUAGAUGAUCGAGAUUCGAGAAUAAGGAAUAUGAAGA